GUUGCCGGCCGACUCUCGCGGCGAGACCAGAAGCCAUCAUGGCGGCGCUGGCGGGUUCCCCGACCGCCGCUCUCCCGGCCUUGGCGAGUGCCGCCGCCAGCCCCGCCCCGAUGCCGCCCGGGCCGCCCGGCUACAGGCCCUUCGAGCCCGAGGCGCUGGGCCUCAGCCCGGGCUGGAGGCUCACCGGCUUCGGGGAGCUGCGGGGCUGAGGCUGCAAAGUCCCUCAGGAGACGCUGCUCAGGCUCCUGGAGGGACUCACGUUGCCCCGCGCGGGGCCGGCCGGGGAGGCGGAGGCGGCCGGGCCCCCAGCGCCCACCGUCGGCAUUGGAAUGGACUCUUGUGUCAUCCCCUUGAGGCACGGGGGCCUCUCCCUUGUGCAGACCACAGACUUCUUUUAUCCACUGGUGGAGGAUCCCUAUAUGAUGGGCCGCAUUGCCUGUGCCAAUGUGCUGAGCGACCUUUACGCCAUGGGCAUCACGGAGUGUGACAAUAUGCUGAUGUUGCUGAGUGUGAGCCAGAAAAUGACUGAAGAGGAGCGAGAUAAAAUCAUGCCACUGAUAAUCAAGGGGUUCCGGGACGCAGCGGAAGACGGCGGCACCUCGGUAACCGGCGGACAGACUGUCUUGAAUCCUUGGAUCAUUGUCGGGGGAGUGGCCACGGUGGUGUGUCAGCCCAAUGAGUUCAUCGUGCCAGACAGUGCCGUUCCAGGGGAUGUCCUUGUCCUCACGAAGCCUCUGGGAACGCAGGUGGCUGUGAAUGCUCACCAGUGGCUGGAUAACCCGGAGAAGUGGAACAAAAUUAAGCUGGUGGUCUCCAAAGAAGAUGUUGAAUUAGCCUACCAGGAAGCCAUGUUUAGCAUGGCCAUGCUGAACAGAACAGGUGGGGGCCCAGCUCUUGAACAACUAUAUACCUCAUUGGCAGAAAAGUACUGAGAUAAUUGUUGUGGG